CGCUCAGCAGUCAGGAAACAUGGCGACACGAGUCUUUCAGAGACUGGGCAGCGGCCUGACACAGCACGCCAGAAAUGCUCUUCCAUCGAACCAACACCUGCGGUUCGCGAUCAGGAGUGCAUUUACAAACAAAAGUCGUGAAGACAGCUGGAUCAAGUCUCUUUUUGUACGAAAAGUGGAUCCCAGAAAAGACGCCCACUCUCACCUGCUCGCUAAGAAAGAAGACAACAACCUCUACAAAAUUCAGUUUCACAAUGUCAAGCCAGAGUGCCUUGAUGAUUAUAACAAACUCUGUGAGGAUGUACUGCCAUCAAUACAUGCUGAUUCUAACUACCCCUGUGAGCUAGUGGGCACCUGGAACACAUGGUAUGGAGAACAGGACCAGGCAGUACAUCUUUGGAGAUAUCGAGGAGGAUACCCCGCCCUGACAGAUGUCAUGAACAAACUCAAGAAGAAUAAGGAGUUUUUGGAGUACAGAGAUAAGCGUGGUAAGAUGUUGCUGUCCCGCCGAAACCAACUGCUGCUAGAAUUCAGCUUCUGGAAUGAGCCGGUGCCCAGAGAAGGGCCAAACAUAUACGAACUGAGGUCCUAUCAACUCAGGCCUGGAACCAUGAUCGAAUGGGGAAAUUACUGGGCUCGGGCCAUUGAGUUCCGCCAGCAGAACCAGGAAGCUGUAGGAGGAUUCUUCUCUCAGAUUGGAGACCUGUACAUGGUGCAUCACCUCUGGGCAUACAAAGACCUGCAGUCUAGAGAGGAAACCAGAAACGCAGCAUGGCAGCAUGAUGGGUGGGAUGAGGCUGUGUAUUACACAGUUCCUCUGAUUCAGCAUAUGGAGUCGAGUAUAAUGAUUCCAAUGAAGACCUCUCCUCUGAAGUAACCUGUCAGAAACCAGCUACACCUCUUAAAAUGAUAGUUCACACAAAAAUUAAAAUUCUGUAAUCAAUUACUCACCCUCAUAUUGUUCCAAACCAGUGAAAGGAGUCCCCAUUAACUUUCAUUAUAUGACAGAGUGACCAGGAUAUUCUUAGGAAAUUCACCUUUUUUAUUCCAUAGAAUCAUAUGGGUUUGUAAAGAAAUUAGGAUGAUUACAUUUUCAGAAUUUCUUUUUUGUGUGUGAACUAUUCUUGAAACGUACAUUCGGAGAUGAAACCAACUGUCUGUCAGAGUUUGAACUGCCACGGGAUUCUGAUCAAUCUGAAAUUUCCAUGUUUUUUUUUUUUUCCCCCGUUACUCCACUUAUUAAUGAUGUUUGGUUUAAACAUUCAAACAAGUGGUUAUUGCCACUUUAGGAUUAAUAAAGUUGUAUGAAAUUAAAUAAACUGUCUAGAAAUGAAAAGAGAUGAUGGUUUGUUUCCAGAUAGUAAGAGAAACCUGUUUUUUUUUUUCCUUUUAUACAAGAUGAUUAUUGUUUGCCAUUUUCCAUACAGUGUCAGCAAGGUUAUACCAUGACAAGUCCCUGCAGUUUUCUUUAAAUUCUAAUCAACGCUAACGUGUAUGCUUUGUUGGUGAACGACACAAUGAUUGAAUGGUAUAAAUAUUGUUAAUAUCACUUAAACCUGAAGUCUUUCUGAACUGUUACUGAACUUCAUUGUGAAACUUAUUGAUUUAUAAUUGUUUUAUUAUUAUUUAACAUCCUCAGAAAUGAGUGUGUGUGUGGUUUUUAAGGAUGAUGAAAUAUUAUUCCCAUUCCAACCAACUUUGAUGUGUUUGUAAAACGUUACAUGGAGAAGUCUUGGUUUAGGCUUCAGGUUCACUGUUUCUUUAUUUUCACUUUUAAUUAGGACAAAUUAAUAUUUAUGGUCUUGGCUUUAAAAUUCUCAUUUGUAUGAUUUGGUGUAUUUUAAAUGAGUAAUAAACAAUAAUUCUCUGAUAUCAUAAUA